CUGCUUUUCACAGGGAUAGUGCGGCAGAGGCGGGGAGAGUCAGCUGGUGACUUCAUCCAGUCGCUCAGAUUCAAAGCCAUGCCCUCCUUCCGCUCCUGGCACUUUAACUUCUCGUCCAGAUCCCUCAUCUCACCUCGUCCCACUUCUCUGCACAACCUUCGCCCAGUCAUCCACCGCAACAUGACCAAGUUUACUCAGGAACCCCAUAAACUCCUAGUCAUCCCAGGUCCCAUCGAGGUCACCGAUGAGGUCCUCUACGCCAAUGCGCACCCAUCCAUGUCGCAUAUGUCGCCAGAUUUCGCGAAGGUAUUUGGAGACUGCAUACGCAUGACGAGAGAGGUUUUGUACUCCAAGGAGGGCCAGCCGUUCCUCAUCUCUGGUUCGGGGACUCUUGGAUGGGACCAGGUUUCAGCUAACCUUGUUGAGCCCGGUGAAAGCGCACUCGUGCUUAACUCCGGCUACUUCUCGGACGCCUUUGCUGACUGCUUGCAAGUAUAUGGCGCCAAGGUUGAUCAGGUCAAGGCACCGGUAGGCGGUGCUGUCGAUCUUGGCGACGUCGAGGCCGCACUCAAGGCAAAGAAGUACAAGAUUGUCACUGUUACCCACGUUGACACUUCCACAGCUGUGCUCACAAGCAUCAAGGACGUCGCCGCCGUGGUGAAGCGCGUCUCGCCAGAGACACUCGUCGUUGUCGAUGGCGUAUGCUCGGUUGCCAGCGAGGAAAUCAAGUUCGAUGACUGGGGCAUCGAUGUGAUCCUCACCGCUAGCCAGAAGGGUCUCGGUACGCCACCAGGCCUCAGCGUUCUCGUUGCGAGUCCGCGAGCGAUUAAAACCUUUGAGACACGGUCCGUGCCCGUCACGUCGUACUAUGGUAGCUGGAAGAAGUGGCUCCCUAUCAUGCAAACGUACGAGAAGAACACGGCAGGCUACUUCGCCACGCCUCCCGUGAACCUGGUCUACGCAUACCACGCGUCCCUCAACCAAAUCCUUCACGGCAGCGUCUCUCUUGAGGAGCGCUUCGCGCGUCACCGUGAAGUGAGCCAACGAGUGAAGGUCGAGGCAGAGAAGUUGGGUUAUCGGGGCGUCCCCCUCGGUGCCGAUGUGGCUGCUAACGGUAUGACGGCGUUGUACGUGCCUGAAGGGCUGAAGCCCACCGAUAUCGUCCCGCGCCUGCUGAAGAAGGGUAUUGUCGUUGCUGGUGGUCUUCACCCCGCAAUCAAAGAAAAAUACUUCCGUGUCGGCCACAUGGGCGUCAGCGUCGUCGACCAGUCACGAGGGGACAUUGACAAGGUCAUCGCUGGUCUGAAGGAAUCGCUCGACGAGGCGAAGGCGGAGAAGGCAUAGACAUCUAGAAGAUAGAUCAAGAACCGCUUGACAUGUACAUUAGGCAUCUUCCCUCCCCCGUCACAGAGCAGUCUUUGCGACACCAGUUAAC